AUGGCACCCGAACAACGACCACUCCUAGGUUCAACGCAUCAUCAACCACGAUUUGCCAACAGCUCGAACAGUGCCGCUAUCUCCAAGGGUGUAUACUCCCGCUUUACGCCAUCUUCCCUCCCUUCGACAAAGCUAUUCUCGCGCCCAAAGGCAAACCAGGGGACUCCCCAUUUCGUCUUCCAGAGGGAGAAACCGCUUCCCUCCCACCCUGGCUUUGAAGCUUCGGCACAAGAAGAAGUUAGACGCAAACGGACCCGUCGUCUAUCGCACUCAAAAGCCGCGAACAUUGCCUACUGCGCCCACGAGCGUCAGAAAGACGCACCGUGCUUUGCCUGUCUUCGUGAAAAGCCAAAGCCACGAAGACAUCGAUCGCGCCGCAACGCUCAAGUUAUGAUUCCUAGGUCGAGCUUCAUGGGACGAAAGAGGCGCAGAGGAUCACGUGGAAGCUCGAGCUCGGUCGAAGCGCCCAUACCAGAGGAGGAACUUCCCUCCUGGGUCACAGAUCGGCACAGCAUCUUCGUUCCCUCGGCACCAUCCGCGCAUAGCGUCGCAAAACCUCGACCCCUUAACUACACAUACGGAGAGGGGAAUCAGGCUCGCCAGAAAAAGCCCAAAGGUGACUCUUCGAAAGGUCUCUCCAAAUCGGGGAGCUCCAAGAAGGAGAAUACGAUAGAUCCUUACGCUGCAGGAGGUUACAUCGUUUCACCGGAGGCCUACUAUGCGACGUUACCACUCCCAGACCUGCCGACUACCCAUCAAGGUGGACAGGGCAUGUUCGCCGUGACUGAGCGGAAACAAAGGAGGAAUCCGGUGUGGAUCUGA